AUGAGCACAGCACGUGAGGCAAAUGAUCAACUUUGGAUUAUGCCAUUUUUGGGACAGCUGACAGACGAUUGUCGAGAUUUCAAUGAUGACAUAACAUCAAAUUCAGUCACUCCAUUUACAUAUUAUGCAUCAUUAGUGCAACGUAAAGAUCCGCUCGCUAAUAGUUUACUCAAUCCAUUCUAUACAUUUCUCAAUCAUUGCUCAGAUAUAUAUUUGUCAAGUCAUCGAGAUAGUCAAACGGGUGCAUUUCUUGGCCGCCGUAUUGCUCGUACGUUGCGAUCAGUUAAGAUCACUGGUGAAGAAAGAUCAUUUGUUCAAUUUCUUAAUAUUUUCUGUGCAGACAACCGAACUUUGCACAAUUACUUUAACAAUAAAUUGCUUAAGCAAUUUCCAUUUGUUAGUGAUCCUGAAAAAACUUUCUUCAGACUAUUAGAUGUUUCGAGUGUAAAAUACGCGCGAACAAACCGAAAACUAGAAACAUACGCAUUUGAAAACUUAAUAAAAAUCGAGGAUGCAUUAAAUAUUUUUCCUGUACAUACUCAAGAUGAUUCCAUCCUAGAGGAAACUCUAUUAAUGUCAGCAAUGAAUUAUAGUGUGCAAAUUGGUGGUAAACGUUUGAGACCACUACUGAUGUUUAUGGUUGCUGACUUAUAUGAAAUUGAAUUAAAUCGAAUAUUACCAUUAGCACGUGGUAUCGAAUACCUACACACAUCAUCACUGAUUUUCGAUGAUCUACCCGCUAGAGAUAACAGUGAUUUACGACGAGGUCAAGCAGCUCUUCAUAAAACGACAAUUAAUAACGACAUAUCAUACAAUUUAUGCGAAGGCCGAGCUCAAUUGGCUGCUGUUGAUCUCAUUGCAAUUAGUAUGGGUCUAAUUAAUGGUGGUCUUAUAAGAAAUGGUUUUUCAUUUGAAUCCGUUAAUCGAGUUGUUGGUGAAAUUUCUUUAUUAAUGCAUGAUCUUUGUAUAGGACAAAUGAUGGAUUUACGUGCGGCACGUGUUGGUAUUGAAGAAGACAGUAAAAAGAUUGAUAAACUUGAUCGUAUUGCAUGGUUUAAGACGGGAAAGACCAUUGAGGUAGUCAUGAUCUUGCCAGUUCUUCUUGCUAAAUCACCAUCAGAUGAGCAAGCUCUCGAAUUAUCGCGUAUCCGAAAAUUAAGCCAGCUUAUGGGAAUUAUGUUUCAAAUGCGAGAUGAUUUAUUAGAUGUUGAAGAAGGUGCUGCUAUCGGGAAACCAGCAGCACUCGACAUAAAAAAGAAUACAGUUACAUAUGUCUCAUUAAUCGGUAUCGAUGGCACUCGUGAACGUCUUCAACAGUUCUUAGCGCAAUCAUUACAACUAGUGGAUGAAUGCUGGCCAAAAGGGUCGGCAACAAUCAAAGACGUUAUUCAAUAUUUUGUAACACGUAAAACUUGA